CCACCCACCUCUUUCUUUCUCUCUCUCUCUCUCUCUCUCUCUCUCUAGGUGUCUGUUCUUCACAUAUUGCAAGGUUUCCGACCUGCGUGGCGUCACAUCAGCCCCCGCGAUGCGAGCUUAUCGCGCAGUAAUCAAAGCUGGCCCCUAAAAACUUCAUCUAUAGAAGAGAUAAAACUAGAAGAAGAGGAGGAGGACUGAGGGAGGGAGGGAGGGAGGGAGGAAGAGCUGGAAAGGAAGACGAAGAGGCGUAAAGACGGUCGAUCAUGAUUCAGUCAAAUCACUCCAUCCACUCAGUCUUCUGCUGCUGCUGUGCCGUGCAGACCAGAGAGAUCAGCACCCGCAUGGAGCUGGAGGGAAGCACCUCACUGUGUUUCCAGAGCAGACGAGUCCCAGGGCACGCCUGCAGAGUGGACAGGUCGAGGAAGAAGCUCCCGCCGCCGCCUCCUGACGAGGAAGAUGGUGAAGGUUCGGGGUUGCUAAGUGUCGUCGCCAUGUACGACUUCACCGCCAAGGAGGACACAGACCUCACACUCAAACAGGGAGAAGAGUACGUCAUCCUCCACAAACAGGACCAGCUGUGGUGGAGAGCGCAGGACAAGCACGGGAACAAAGGCUUCAUCCCCAGCAACUAUGUGACAGAGAAAAACAACAUCGAGGCAAACUCGUGGUACUGCAAGAACAUCACCAGGACCGAAGCCGAGCAGCUGCUGAGGCAGGAGGACAAGGAGGGUGGUUUCAUGGUGCGGGAGUCCAGUCAGCAGGGAGUCUACACCGUCUCCGUCUACACCAAAACAUUAAGUUCUAACGGGGAUAUUCGGCAUUACCAGAUCAAAAUAUGUGACACCGGAGGGUUUUUCUUGGCUGAGAAACACACGUUCAACUCCAUCCCCGACGUCAUCCGCUACCACGAACACAACGCAGCAGGUCUAGUAACCAGGCUGCGGUAUGCGGUGGGGCCAAUGGGAAGGUGUGUACCCGCCACAUCAGGAUUUAGCUCAGCCAACAGCCAAUCAGAGGUCCUCUCCCAUUCCCUUAAAGAGCCAGACCUUGGCACAUUGCUGGUGUCUGUGUGUGUGUGUGUGUGUGUGUGUGUGUGUGUGCCUCCCAGGAGGCUCUGCCACCCUAAGCUAGUGCAGCUGUACGGCGUGUGCCUGCAGCAGCGCCCCCUGCUGAUCGUGGCCGAGUUCAUGGGGAACGGCUGCCUGCUGAACUUCCUGAGGAAGCAGAGCCGCGCCCUGCGGGACGCCUGGCUGCUGUCCAUGUGCCAGGACGUCUGCGAGGGGAUGGCGUACCUGGAGGGACAGAGCUUCAUCCACAGAGACCUGGCAGCCAGGAACUGUCUGGUCAACGAACACAACGUGGUGAAGGUCUGUGACUUCGGGAUGACCAGGUAUGUUCUAGACAACCAGUACACCAGUUCUAACGGGACCAAGUUCCCCGUGAAGUGGUCUCCGCCUGAAGUUCUCCACUACAGUAAAUACAGCAGCAAGUCGGACGUCUGGUCCUUCGGUGUGGUGAUGUGGGAGAUCUACUCGGAGGGCCGGACUCCCUUUGAGAACCUCUCCAACCUGGACGUAGUGAACGAGAUCACCAGAGGAGUCCGUCUGUACCGGCCGCACCGCGCCUCGCAGCCGCUCUACGCCAUCAUGUACCGCUGCUGGCACGAGAAACCUCAGGGUCGACCGUCGUUCUCAGAGCUUCUGGAGGAAAUCCGAAAACUGGCCGAAAGUCCGGAUUAACACACACACACACACACACACACACACGUGUGUUAUUAUGUUGAUGAUAAUCAAACUGUGUAUUUGUUGUACUCUUAUCAUGAAUGUACACACACUGUAUGUUGAC